AUGACAAUUGUAAAGGAAAUGUGAAAGAGAUUUUGCAAAAUUUCAUAGAAAUUUCAUUUCAUUUGUUACCAGUUUAACGGCAAUAAAGCUGCUUUGGUUUUGAAUUAAAUUUUUCAAAAUUUAUGCCAAUCAUCGUAACUGGUUUGAAAUUGACAAAAUUUGUAACAGGGAUUUAAAGCAGCAGUUAUUAAUAACUUAUUUGCGCACUGCCGCAACGUCCACUAAAUCAACAACAUUCUGUCAGAAGAAGAGCAGCAGCCAAAUGAUGGCUGCUGAUAUAAAAUUUAAUAGUGCUCUAACACCAUGUGAUCCUUAUUACAAGCCAGUCCUUAUCAUUGGGCAAUUGCGUCAUUUAAAUUUGUUGAAAUUCUCAAAUGUAUCAAGCAAAUUGGAGGCACGUGUUGACGAGACCACAUUUAAGAAUGCCAUCGCUUGCUUGCAUCCUUCACCAACGGAUAAAUGUUCGCUGUAUUUGGAUUGUGCCACCGUAGCGGCUGUACCACUUAAAAGUUCGCGUCACAAUACACCAUCGCGUGCUCAUGCCAUUACACGUCUUGUGCGAACGCACAUCAUGCAUGCCAAUGAAGAGAAUGUUGUUAUUGUUUGUGAUCGUAGUGAUCUUUUUGCUAGCGCUUGUGCUGUAGCACGAGCUUUUCCAUUGUACUCUCGAAAAACUUGCAGUGGUGCUCAGGGUAAAGUUGAAUCUUAUUCGCAAGACGAGGUCAUGGAAAAGGAAGAUGAUGGUAAUGCGAAUGUUAAUCCCGUAAUUAAUGUUGAAUUCAUUGUAAUCGAAACGGAUGGUCAAGUUUGUGAGGAAGAGCUGCAGUCAACGGAUAUUGCUUGUAUUGAAGAGGCUGCACGCGGUAUACGUUUAGCGGCGCGUAUCGUUGAUAUGCCUUGUAAUGAAAUGAACGUUAGCCAUUUUGUAAAGGAAGCUGAACUCAUCGCAAAAGAGUUGUGCAUUAACCACACCAUCAUACGUGGUGAGGAAUUGCGUGAACGUGGAUUUGGUGGAAUUUAUGGUGUUGGUAAAGCGGCGGCUGUGCCACCGGCAUUGGUGGUCCUGUCCUAUGAGCCAAAAGGAGCACAGGACACCAUUGCUUUUGUAGGCAAGGGUAUCGUUUAUGAUACUGGCGGUUUAAGUAUUAAAGGCAAGACUGCAAUGCCUGGCAUGAAACGGGACUGUGGCGGUGCUGCUGCCAUUUUAGGUGCCUUUUAUGCAGCUGUCAAAUGUGGUUUCACAGAAAAUCUACAUGCCGUAUUUUGUAUGGCCGAGAAUGCUGUGGGACCGAACGCUACACGUCCAGAUGAUGUGCACACCCUGUACUCCGGGCGUACUGUUGAAAUUAAUAACACUGAUGCUGAGGGUCGUCUCGUACUGUCUGACGGUGUUAGUUUUGCUCGUAAAGAUUUGAAAGCGAAUAUAAUUUUGGAUAUGGCUACUUUGACCGGUGCACAGGGCAUAGCCACGGGCAAACUUCACGGAGCAAUACUCACCAAUUCGGAAGAGUGGGAAACAAAAGCACUCGAAGCUGGACGCAAAUCUGGUGAUUUAUUGGCGCCAAUAAUUUACUUGCCGGAAUUGCAUUUUGCUGAAUUUGCGUCAGCCAUAGCGGACAUGAAGAACUCUGUUGCGGAUCGCAACAACGCUCAACCAUCCUGUGCUGGUCUUUUUGUUGGUGCCCAUUUGGGCUUCGAUUAUCCUGGCGUCUGGAUGCAUGUUGAUAUGGCCACUCCAGUUGCAUCGGGUGAACGCGCCACUGGUUACGGUGUGGCAUUGCUGCUAACGCUCUUCGGUAACUAUACAAAAUGCAGUAUGUUGCAAUCGAUUGCACCAAACGAAGCGGAACCGCCAACGAAGCGUGUUUGUCGUGAUUAUACAACCAAAAUAAAGCAAUCCUUACAAUAAACACCAAAACUCCACAACAAUCAAUUUUGUAGUGUAACAACAAACAAGUCAAACCAAGUGUAGUAGAGUAUAAAAAUGAAAAGGGAGUGCGAUAUAAUUUUUUGAAAUUCAAUACAGUAAAAAAAAAAUAAAAUAAAA